AUGCUACCUCGAAGUCGGAGACAACAGGGCUCUUCUCAAAGCUAUAGCACCGGAAACACCGUGAUCUCAUUAACACAUGCCACGCCUACUUAUGAUAGCAGCAAUGGUACCCUUGCGGAAUCCGACCCAGACUUUAAUCCCAAGACUAUAUCCCACCAACGUCUAUCAUCUACACCUGUAGACGCGACUCGAGCCGGCUUUGAUGACUACGGUUCGGAAUUGGGCAAAGACGCGCGCGUCUGGUCAGCAUAUGUCAAAGAAGCCGAGCAGUGGGAUGAUGAAAUGGUAGAUGGCUGGAAUAGAUCCUUGGAUGUGAUGCUAGUUAAUUGGGUGGCUGUAACAGUGUUCGCCGCAUUGUUCUCGGCAGUAUCAACCACCUUCGUAGUGGAGAGUAUCAAGGAUCUCCAGCCGGACCCAGCGAUGAUUUCCGCAACAACACUUCAAGAGAUCUCCCAAGUUCUGAGGAUUAUUGUAUCGAAUAACCAGUCCAGCGCAUCUCUUUCUGACCUGCCUCCCGAGGAGAAAUUUAAACCUUCUGCUGCUGCUAUCUGGGUAAACGUAUUAUGGUUCUUAUCCUUGGCUUUAAGCGUUUCCGUUUCGUUGGUCACGAUGCUCGCCAAACAAUGGUGCUAUUCUUUCAUGUCUGGCAGAGCAGGCCAACCACAUGUGCAAGCUCGUACGAGGCAGAGGAGACUUGAAGAACUUGAAAGGUGGAAAAUGCCUGAAAUUCUGGCCAUUUUACCGGUAUUUAUGCACUUAUCACUGUUCUUAUUUUUUACCGGCUUGAUAUUAUACCUCUGGGACACUCAUGUUGGCGUGGCCAUCCCAGUUCUCGCAACCACUGCAUUCACGGGAACCUUUUACGCAACAACAACCAUGUUACCAAUAACCUACGAGCUAUGCCCAUAUGCCACCCCUCUCUCUCAGUUUAUCAAAACGUGCCCAAAUGCAUUGGAAUUCCUCAAGCAAACGUUUUCAACAAUACUGAGCCAAGCAUCCCACCUCAAAAUCCCCAUGCGAUUAUUGAAACUAUUCGACAGCUUUUCUUUGGCAGAACCCGAAGCCCCCACCAAAGCUCUCGGAUGGUUAAUGAGCAACUCCCAAGACACCCGUUCCGUUGAUAUCGCUCUACAAUCUAUCGCAGGUGCCGACCGCCGACUGCCCAAGCCGCUUUUGGAUUGCGGCGCUCACCGUCUCAUAUCUCAGCGGUUCAGAAAUUGUUUCCUUUCGCACCCGCAGUCUGGGUUUUCAUACUUGAGUAACCCGACUCUGCUUGACGCGGCUUCGCUUUACGGUCGCGCGUUGGAGUUUUUCAUGGCGGACCCCGGCUAUAUGUCUCGAGUUGAGGCCGUACUCCUCCAACCAGCCUUCAACACGACUACGCCCGCUCUCGCCCAAUAUUGCUGCAUUCGGACUUGUUGGGGCAAGCACAUGGUGGGAGGUGCGGCUUCAUACUGGCCAGCCCUCCCCGGGAGUUCUCCCAGAAGCACUUGCUUUCUACGGCGUCACGCGGAUGGCGAAUCGGUACUUCACCCUACAGCUCUUGUGGCUCUUAUCGACACCGUCGCCGAAGAAUCCCAGCAUUGGAUGCGCAAACUUCGUUCUCGAGAACGUGCACAAUAUCCGAUAUACCUUCUACGAUUAUUAGAUCAAAUGGAUCAGCUUUCGUUGUCGCAUGCUCGACCCGCCAUUGCUGUCUGUCUCACCUCGAUUGCAGUUGCAUUUGACGGGUUUGAUUCGGUCGAUGAAACCGUACCGAGCGUCGGCCCUCAAUCUCCCGGACACAGGCUUCUAAACUAUUACGCUUCGAGUAACAAUCGGAAUCGUGAUGUUGAGCCUCUUCUUGUUUAUGGCCUCUUGGGCUUACUUCGAGACCGGCGCAUACAUGAGUUUACCGAGGGAGAGUUGUUGGUAAUCGCCCAGCAAUUAGUCGCAGUAAACGAGCUUCGGCCUCCUCCAUCGACCCAGCACCUACCAUUCAUCUUGCCACCACUCAACUUGGGUACACUUGCCAUUGAAACGUUAUUACCGGCUUUGUCUCCCGAAGCUCAAGAUCUGGUCAACGCAAAGGAUGCCCGAGGUCGACUCUUCCAGGCGCUCUUGCCCUACUCCUAUAUGUGGGGUUCUCAUAGCGCAGAAAUCUAUUCCAUUGUGGCCGAAAGCAUCAGACUGCCUAAUUGUGACCAUCUCAAGCAAAUAUGGAAGCGAUGGCUGAGCUCCCAAUGGACGUCUUAUUAUGCGAGCGAGAUGCUACCUCUUUUGGAACGGCAUAGGACAUUUCCUCACGUUCUACAUCUCAUAGCUACCCCAGAAAGCUUAGAGUAUUCGGCGAUACCUUACGCAAUGGCCCACUUUUGGUCACUAGUAAACCAUAUCGUGGUGUGGAAUCGUCGCUGGGGUACUCAAUAUGGCCACGGUCCCUUUGGUAAAGUUCUGAGCUCUAUCGUUUCACAGUUGUGCGAAGCCAUCAAGACUGGAAAGGUUGAUUCGAUCAAAUCGUCCCAAGGAAUGACACUUUUAUCUUUGCUCAUGUACCAAGCAGAAGUUUGGCUUCCUCAGUUAGAGUGCUUAGCAAACCAGGUACCGGCGGACGUGCUGAAUAGCGGGAUUUUAACAUUGCUUUCGGAGAGCUACACUUCGAACCACCUUGCGCAGAGAGUUGAAAGUAUACUGAACAUUUGUAACUCGCAUACAGAAACAACUAUGUAA